UACCCUAGGCCAUCAAUUCGGGUCUUACUUGGGAAUUUUGAGAUGUCGACAACCCGCGAAACUCCGAUCCCAAUGUCGGCGGGCAACACAUCGAAGGAGCACGUUGCCGGGCAUGCAAAUGAAGCCCCAGAUGGCAAAUUCGAUGAAAGUGAAAUCGGCAACCAAGAGGCGCAGAAGGGUGUGCAAAAGAUCGAGGCCAUUACACAAUCAUGGAGUAAAACUUCUCUUGCGUGCUUGUUGAUCAACAUUUGGCUGGUAUUUCUCACCAAUGGAUUCCGCCUAUCCAUUCUCAGCUCUCUUACACCUUACGUGACUAGCUCUUUCCAGUCUCAUUCCCUACUCACCGUCAUUGGAAUCGUCUCGAGUUCCAUCUCGGCGGCGGUUUAUAUUCCAAUGGCCAAGCUGCUUGAUGUUUGGGGUCGGGCAGAGGGAUUUCUUCUCAUGACAUGCUCUUCCAUUCUUGGUGUCAUCCUGAUGGCUACAUCCCGUAAUCUUGCAACCUAUUGCGCUGCCCAGGUUUUUUACUCCAUCGGCUUUUCUGGCAUUAUUUACACAAUGGGUGUGCUCGCAACCGACUCUACCUCACUGAAAAACCGAGGCCUCGCAUUUGCAUUCACAUCCUCGCCCUAUAUGAUCACAGCAUUUGCCGGGUCCAAAUCCGCCGAAGCAUUUCUACUAAAUGUAAGCUGGCGUUGGGGGUUUGGCGCAUUCGCCAUCAUUGUUCCCGUCAUUACUCUUCCUCUAUUUAUCUUGCUCAAUUGGAAUGUUCGUAAAGCCAAGAAACGCGGUUUUUUGCCCGAGAAGACCAAGAGAACUAUAACGCUACGUUACGUUUGGAACAAGGUAACCGAGUUUGAUCUCCCAGGUGUUGUUCUAUUCGCGGCCGGUCUUGUCAUAUUUCUUCUCCCAUUCACCCUUGCCACGCGUGCCCCUCAAGGGUGGAGGACUGGGUACAUCAUUGCUAUGAUUGUUGUCGGAUUCCUUCUUCUGGUAAUUUUUGCUGUCUACGACGCAUACUGGGCGCCAUCGCCCUUCCUCAAGAAUGAGUUCAUCACGGAUAGGACAGUCAUCGCGGCAUGUAUCUUCAACAUGACCUAUCAGAUCUCAUAUUACUGCUGGAAUUCGUACUUCACGUCGUUCUUGCAGGUGGUCUGCAAUCUGUCUGUCUCAGAGGCCGGAUAUGUAAACAGUACAUUCCAGAUUGUUUCUGGUCUCCUCCUUUUCAUCGUCGGCUAUGGUAUCCGCAGGACCGGUCGAUUCAAAUGGCUCUUCUAUGUGUGCGUUCCAUUCUACACUCUUGGUCUCGGGUUGAUGAUCUACUUCCGCCAGCCAAACCAACCAAUAGGUUAUAUCGUAAUGUGCGAGAUUUUCAUCUCCAUAGGAGGGAGUGUCUUCAUCCUUCUGGUUCAAAUCGCUUGUCUGGCAGCUGUUGAUCAUCAACAUGUGGCUGCGGUACUCGCUGUUCUAUACGUUUUUGGGUCGAUUGGGGGUGCUAUCGGACACACAAUCUCUGGCACGAUCUGGACCAACACUUUUUACAAGGAUCUUCUUCGAAAUCUACCGGUUACGGCACUACCCGACGUGGCAAUGAUUUAUGCAGACCUUGCAACUCAACUCUCAUAUCCUGUCGGGAGCACGGAAAGGCUGGCAAUUCAGCACGCGUAUGGUUAUGCGCAAACGAGGAUGCUAGCAGCUGGUGUCGGGUUUUCGGGCUUAAUGUUCAUUUGGAUAUUCUUAUUCAGGAAUCUAGAUGUGUCUAAGAGAUUGCAGACAAAAGGUACAGUCUUGUAA